AUGACAAAAAUAUGCCCAAAGUUGCAGAAUCACCCAUUUUAUGUAAACAUUGUCUGGAUCGGAGUUCUUUGGCCAGAUUUGUGGUUGAAAAUCUUUUUAACACAGGUACUAUGUGAAAUGGAGCCACAGUCCAAACGCAUCAAAUAAUCUGAGUGUGACAUAGACUCCUGGGUCGCUAAUCCUGUGCUGUCCAACGUUCACUCACAUGACGCUGAGCUAAUCGAGGCCUUUGCAGCUCCCAUCGUCAACAAGAAAGAAACCUCUCGUUUGAUAAAGGAGUUUGCCACAUCAAGAGAGUACGGGGCAUGCAAGGAUAAGGGCAACCCUCACCCUCUGGAGAUCAUUAUAUGCCUUGCCAGUGAUGCACCAGACAUUGACUGCAGUAAGGACAUGCACAUAUCUGAUCUGUCGCCCUCAGGUAGAAUAAACUGUGGAGGUCUAGGGGACCUUUUCCUGGUCAAGACACCAGCAUGCCCUCCUUUGACCAGAUCAAAGUCCUAUUAUGAGGACAAGCAAGUGACGGUGGCACUAAAAGGCCAGCUGUUCACCUCCUCUAUGAAAGCCAAGAUGCAGGACUACAUGGCUGCUGUGGCUGCAGCAAGAGCAGGGCAGGAGAGAGGCAUGGAGGCUGUAGGGGCUGCAGUCGUUGAGCCCGAGGCAGUGAGGAUUGUUGCUGCUGGAAAGGUUCACCCACUUAAUCACGCUGUCAUGGUCUGCAUUGACCUUGUGGCACGUGGGCAGCGUGGUGGGGCCUACACCCAUGAUAAGUACCCCUCCUGCCAGUUUGUUUUGCCCGACUCCUCACCCUCUGAAAUACAUGUCGCCAACCAUCCAUGCCAACCUGCGGGGUCCUGCGGGACAAGGACAGUGCAGAGGAGAGCGGUCAGCCGUACAUCUGCACCGGGAACAACCUGUAUGUAACUUGAGAGCCUUGUAUUUUUUUGUGCCACGCUGCUAGUCCAGUCCAGGAAGUCUUCUAUGGAACAGCCUCUAUCGAUGUGGCAUUUGGGACUAAAUAUAAAAUCGAUGCUCAAAAAUAUCAGACUCACCGCUUUGAGGUUUUCAAAUGAGUUUUGAGCAAACAGUACCAAAAUUAAUUCCUAAGGUUCACAUAAUUGUUACAGGAAUGCUCUACCUUUAUAAUUGGAUAGUCUCACAUGUCAGAUUACUAUGCACACACGGUUUAGGAAUAAGAUCAAGGUGUAACGACAUUUUGGAUUACAUAAAUUUUCACUUUAUUGCAUUUCAUUUUAAACAAAGCUUUUGCCACUGUGACAUCACUUAAAAGCAUUCACAGCUUGUUUUUAUGCUCAUCUCCCACUGUAGUCAGUGCAUGUCAAAAUAUGGGUUUCCAUCCAUUUCCCUCAAUAAAUUUAGCCAGUUAAGACAUACACACUGCUUUUAAGGGCACAAAUGUUUUAAUGAUGUUAGAUACAGGGGCUGACAAAGCUCCAAGAAUACCGUGGAUAAGCCAUGACCAAACAGAACAGGACUAGCUGCCUUGGUAAUACCAUCCAGGAGAUCUCCUAAACAAGUACAGCUACAUGAAUAUAGGUACAUAGGCAAACCGUAGACCCCUCUCAGUAAACACUUUCAUCUGACAAAACAUCUUAUGAAAAAUCAUCAAGAAAGACAUGAACCUAUACAUACAACUAUAUACACUGAAAAAAAUGCCUGCCCUAUAUAACUGAGUAACAAUGAGAAAUGAUUCAUAUACCAAGGAAAUCAUACAAAAUGUGUAUUUCAUAUUGUUCAGUUCUUUUCAGCAAUGAUAACCCAUCUAAAAAUAAGUGUCAAACAUUGAACCAUAGGCUCCUACUUUUAUGGAGAAAUUAUCUUUAAAAAUGCAUCUGAUAUUUCCAAGGCUUUCGGUUACGAUGAGAAACAUUUAUUGUAACAAGGAGGAACGCAAUCUUUGUCACUGUGUGAAGUGAGGGCAAACAAAAACAGAA